CAUCACCUCGCUAUUUUAUAUCCAGUUUUGUCCCACGGAUGGCCUAUAAGUACCGGGCAAUUUGAGUCUCUCAUUCCCACUCUUCCGUGUAAAACGCGUCUGGCAACGAUGAGGCUGCUACCGUUUGUCGCGUUCUUCGUUCCAUUCGCAUUCGCAAGUUCAGAUACGAAGCGAUGGGUUCCCAGGGAAAAAGAGACUUUCAACGCUCCCAACGGAUGGACUAAACACAGCCUUCCUUCCCCAGACCAUAUGAUCGAGCUCCAAAUCGGUCUUCGCCAGCCCAGCUUUCAUGUUCUUGAACAGCACCUCUGGGAAGUCAGCGAUCCCGACCAUCCCCGUUACGGUCAGCAUCUUUCUAAAGAAGAGGUCGACGCGUUGGUUGCACCCGACGCUGAAAGUCUCGAACUUGUGCAUGAGUGGCUUGCUUCAUAUGGUGUGGACGAGGUAUCCGAGUCUUCGGCACGGGACUGGGUUAGAGUUACUCUACCAGUGCAGUUGGUUGAAGAAAUGCUGGACACGACAUACCAUGUCUGGCAACAUACUGACGGAGACUAUCUUGUCCGCACGACGCGUUAUAGUCUUCCGGAAGUCCUCCUAGACCACAUUGAUGUUGUACAGCCUACAACGUUGUUUGGACGUUGGAAAGGCAUGAAAAGUACUGUCAUUGAUUUCGAAAAUUUCGACCUGGGGAAUACCGCCGAUGUAGCCAAGCUCGAUGCUGAAACCGACGACGUCGAUCCGGCUUGUAACGUUUCCAUCACCGUCAGCUGUCUGAAACAGCUCUACAACGCCGUCGGCUAUGUUCCCUCCGAUUGCAACAAAGACAGCUCCAUUGGGGUCACCGCGUAUCUCGAGCAGUACGCGAACGAAGCAGACUUACAGCUGUUUUACCACGACCAGGUUCCCGAGGCCGUUGGUUCUACUUUCGAUUUCAUUUCGGUCAAAGGCGGUCUAAAUGACCAGAACAUCAGCUUGGCUGGUGUGGAAGCCAAUCUUGAUGUUCAGUUCGCAUUCGGACUUGCGUUUCCCAUUCCCAGGACCUUUUAUUCGACUGCUGGUCGUCCACCUUUCAUCCCGGAUGAAACUUCCACCGAGAACACCAAUGAACCAUAUAAUGAUUGGCUUGAUUUUGUUUUGUCGCGUCCUGAUCCUCCCAGAGUCAUCUCCACUAGUUAUGGAGAGGCCGAGCAAACGGUGCCAGAAAGUUAUGCUCGUCGCACAUGUCAAGGCUUUGCUCAACUUGGCGCUCGGGGCGUUACCCUGACCUUUUCCAGUGGCGACGGUGGUGUAGGAGAUGGUAACCCAGAUCCCGCUACCCAACAGUGCAUUACCAACGAUGGCCAGAACAGGACACAGUUCAUGCCUCUUUUCCCCGCUGGAUGUCCAUUUGUGACUGCAAUCGGAGGAACUGUGAAUGUCCCCGAGAUAGCCGUAGACUUCUCUGGCGGUGGAUUUAGCAACUACUUCUCUCGUCCUUCAUACCAAGAUGCAGUUAUCGAUGCUUACUUGAACAUGUUACCUGAAGGUACCUACGAGGGACUAUUCAACAGAUCAGGACGAGCAUUCCCAGACAUCGCCGCCCAAGGACGUCGUUUCCGAGUGUGGUUCCAAAACACGACUAUCUCCGUUGGUGGCACCUCCGCGUCAUCGCCUACAGCAGCUGCUAUUUUUGCGUUGCUGAAUGAUGCUCGGCUCGCUAAAGGUUUGCCGACCCUGGGAUUCGUUAAUCCUUUGUUGUACAAGGACGAGAUCAGCGCGACAUUUAAUGACAUCACUGAGGGGAACAACCCUGGAUGUGGAACUCCUGGAUUCAAUGCUACCAAAGGUUGGGAUCCUAUAACCGGCUUUGGAACGCCUAACUUUGGUUGGUUGAAAGAACUUCUCGCACCUUAGGAUCUCAACUUACACACUCGUUUCAAUUGCUGUCUAUCCGUUACCCUAUCCAUACUCACAUGUACUUUCCUUUGUUAUAGCAUGUCUGAAAGUUAUCACUGUCGAGCCGACCGAGAUAAUACGAAAGCUUUGAAGCUAACAACCGUUCAAAUUCGAUGAUAUUCUAAUAGGACUGUUCUAAAAACGUAUCCAUGUUUUUUGAAAUGUUUCCCGCCAAAAUUAGUAAUGCGGCGCUAUGUUUCGUACAUUGCACAAGUACGUUGACUGUGCCCUAACCUAUCCCUCAGUCUUCGAUUUUAAUG